AUGGCACCACCUCGUCAACGCGCUCGUACGUCGGAGACUCCAAAUAACAAGCAGCUGGCUCAGAGCUUGCAACAUCUCACGCAGACCAUGCAAAUCUUGAGUGAAGCUCUUCUGCACAACAAUCAUCCUGCUCCGCCGCCACAGCCUGCCGGACAUCGAGAUGUGGGACGCCUAGUCUCUGGCCAAAGACCACCGAUGUUUGCCAGUGAGGAGGACCCCGUCAUGCUCGAGGAUUGGAUCCGAACCUUCGACAAGAUCUUCUCCGUGGUAAAGUGCCCUGUAGAGCGCAGAGUGGAGUACGAGGAGUUUCUACACCUCCAGCAGGGUUCAUCGUCUGUGGUGGAGUACCACAAGCGAUUUUUGGAGCUCGCUCGCUUUGCAAGGAUGCUAGUCCCCACCGAGCUUGCGAAGGUAGAGAAGUUCGUGACUAGACUCAACUACGAGGCUCGUAAGGCGUUGACUGUGAGCAUGCCGAGGACCUUGAAGGAGGCUUAUCUGAGUGCUGCUGACUUAUACCGGGUACAACAGUUGCAGUGGGGAUCGUUUGAGCUCGCUAGGAAAAGGAACGAAAGCGGUGGACCCCACAACUUCAAGAAGCCAAGACAGGACUUCCGAGCCAAGACCGCACCUUCCCCACCUCAAGGAUCAACCCGAGCGGUGUCCGGAGAUCAAGCUAAGACCUUUGCAUGCAGAAGAUGUGGAAAGGAGCAUGUGGGAAAAGAUUGCCAAGGCCAAGCACAUCGAUGUUUCAAAUGCGGGGAGAGAGGACAUAAGGCUCCUGUUUGCCCUCUACAAGCUAAUCAAAAGGUGUUACCACCUAGCUCGGGAUCCGGUGGAACAUCGAGAAGGAGUUCAAGUCGAGGUGUAGCUAGAGCUAGACCUUCAGGUCGGGUGUUUGUGAUGGGUCGAUCCUAA